AUGCAAUCCAUACUUUCAAUUCUUCUCCUCUGGCUCGCCAUCACGACUACAGGGUACCUCGUCCCAGAACCGCCUGGUAAAUACAAUGUCACAUUGACGACUGGGACCCUUGUCGACUACACCCGUGAUGACCCUUAUGCCGCAGAACCAACGCCUCGGGCACUGAUGCUGUCAGUGUUUCAACCUGCGACAUGCGUAUCUACUGUGCCGGUCCGUGACAUGCCCACGGAGACCGCUGAGUACCAAGGGCCAUUGCUCAAAACGACCUUCAAUAUCUCCGUCAAUCUCUCACCCCUCUUCCUGGAAGCUCGUCUGCCAGUGUGUUCGGAUCAUCCCGAAAGCCGCUCACUCACACAUGACCACCCUAUCCUGCUCUUCGCCCCGGGCUACGGCAUCCCUCGAGUCUAUUACAAUGUCCUCGCCUCAGCUAUCGCCAGCGAGGGCUUCAUAGUCAUCACCAUUGAUCACCAAGAGGACGCGAACAUUAUUGUCUAUCCAGAUGGCCACGCGGUCUACACAAAUGCCUCCAUACUGAACAGCCCUACCUGGGACGAGUACCCUCGUGCCGCCGACGCAUCCUCCAUUAUCGACCAGCUGAGCAACGAAACUGCCAUGGCGAAGCUACUUCCCCAACGUGGACCCCGACCAUUCCGAACCGACCGCGUCGCCAUGCUAGGACACUCGGUAGGCGGCGCCUCCGCCAUCGUGGCCGCCAGCCGUGAUCACCGCAUUCGUGGGGCCAUCAAUUGGGACGGUACCAUUUUCGUAUCGCCACCUCUAUCAUUGUUUCAGCCAGUGCUUUUCAUGAACCAUCAGAAUACUAUUGAUCCCACUUGGUUGGCGGCGUGGCCGCAACUGAAGGGCCCGAAGCUAGUCGUCCAUGUCGCGAACUCGACCCACCAGACCUUCACAGACGUGGCCACUCUAUUCCAGGCGGCUGGGUUGAGCACGGCGCCAUUCGCGGAUCUUUUGGGCACAAUUGCGCCGGUCCAGAUGGUGCAGAUCCUGGCAACGUAUACGACCGCGUGGAGGAACGGGGCGUUUGUGGGCAAGGAAGGCGGGGCGGUGCUUGAAGGACAGGAGUUGAGCAAGUUUCCGGAGGUCUCAAUUAUGAUGAAAAGCAACUGUUAA